AUGCCGAGCUUUUAUGAGCUUGAUGAUGUCAUUGAGGGCGAUCUUAUCUUGGAUAUUUCCCGGGUUUUCUGGAUUAAAAUCCGAAUUGCAUUUUUAUGGAAUGUAUUGUGAAAUUAAAACCGUCAUGUAAUCUAAUACGCAAACGUAACAUUUCUAAAUAGUUUUUUUCGUUGAUUUCAGGGCAUGAUAAGAUCACUUACGAACAACUAAACGACUUUAGAAUCAAUCAGAAAAUCAAAAGUGAGUGUAUUUCUAUGUAACUUUACCUUUCGGUCAAUAGUUAUAGUUCGUUGAUUUUCGGGUCGCAGCCAAUUUUUUCCGCACGUUUUUUUGAGUUUUUGGCUUCUUUUCAGCCGGAUUCCUAGUCGCGUGAUUCCGUUAACGAAAUUUGGAAUAUGAGCGUUUCUUUACAGAUUGGGAUUAACCAGAUUCAGUUGGGGCAGAAGAACCCCAAACCAGUUCACAAAUUCGAUGGGAGCCUUUUUGGACAAACCCAAAACUGAAAAAACUAACGAUCAUGGAGAGGGGCCGGUAAGAACUAAUGUUUUGUUUUCAUAAUUUAGCUAUUUAUUUUCAAAAUUCGUUUUAUCCCACCGCAUUAUGGAUCCCAACAUUGAUUUUACUGCUGUCUCAAAUUUUGUUGCUCUGCUUUAUUUUCAUUGAAAGGAGUUAUCUUCUUUAUUAACCCCGCAGAAACCUUUCUACAUGUAAUUUUAAUUUUUAGGGAUACCGUUAUGUUGUUGCAUCUAUGCAAGGAUGGAGAUGGAACAUGGAAGAUGCCCAUCAGGUGAAAGUAGCUAUCACAGAAGAAGAGCCCCUGAAGCAUUGGUCUUUCUUUGCAGUCUUCGAUGGCCAUGCCGGAUGCGAAGUUGCCAAUCAUUCUGCAGAGAAUCUACUGGCGUAUCUACUAAAUACAGAAGAAUUUAAACAGGUAGGGGAGCUCCUUUUUAUUUUAUGGAUUUAGUUGGUGCCCGAAUUAAAAAAGAAUGAAGGAAAGAUAACAGAGAAGGCGAUACAAUUACUUAAAGAUGGUAUAAAGGCUGGGUUCUUGAAGCUUGAUGAACAUAUGAGCACCGAAAAGGGGCCUGAUGGCGAAGAGAAGGAGAAAAGCGGAACAACAGCUACCUGUGCUAUUUUAACUCCUGAAUAUGUAUUCUUCUGCAAUUUAGGUAGGUUUCCAUGGGUGUUGGGAUUGCCACAACGUCUGCGAAUAAAUGUGCACUAAUAAUUUUAGGUGACUCCCGGGGCCUCCUUGGUCGCAAAACGGAGGAAGUGUUUUACACUGUCGACCAUAAACCAUAUUUAACAGCAGAACGGGAAAGAAUCAUUCGGGCAGGUGGAACGGUAAUGAUACAGAGAGUUAACGGAUCGCUGGCUGUCUCCCGAGCGCUUGGAGAUUUUGAGUACAAGAAUGUCCCUGGUUUGACACCGACGGAACAAUUAGUAUCGCCCGAACCCGAUGUCUAUGUGAUCAAAAGAAAUCCGGAUGAAGAUGAAUUUUUGAUCCUGGCCUGUGAUGGUAUCUAUGAUGUUUUGGAGAACGAAGAAUUAUGUGUUCUUCUGCGUUCUCGGCUCACUGUUACUGACGACUUAAAGAAGGCAACAAAUCAGGUUUUGGAUUAUUGCUUAGCCCGAGGGUCAAGGGACAACAUGACAAUGGUUGCAGUUAUCUUCGAAGCUGCGCCAAAGAAAAAUCCUGAGGCAUCGAAGGCUGAGGAGGAAUGGUUGGAUAAAGUCCGUGAAAAGGCCAAGGGUAGGUUGAUAUUAUUGAUUUGUGUGUGUUAACAAUGACCUGAUCCUAAUUUUGUUCUGUGAAGUGCCUAUUUUUGGAACUGAAUGUUUCCACUUGACCGAUCAUGAUCACUUCGAUUUUCAGAAUAUGCCGACCGUUUCCUGAAGGAAGUGAGGGAGGUGGAGACCAAUACAAUUAUCUCCUACCUAAAGGCCAACACUGACCUCGAGCGUUCACCGGUGUAUGGUGGACUGGAUCUGGCUAAACAUGUCAUCGACGAUGUCAUAGAUCGAACUAAGAGAGAAAAUGGAUUCACUUCCGAUUCCGAAGAACACUCGAUGGAAGAGGAAAGCAAACAGGCCAACGUUGUCUUAACUGACUUGGAGUGA